AUGGAUGAAACUGAGAAUGGUGACGAGGCAAGGACCGCAACUCUCAAGAAAGACAUCGGUCCAGCUCAACAAGGGGUGACAACUCUCAACAUCAUGGCGAAUGGCUUUCAGCGUGCAAGGGGAGGGAAAUAUUACGGCGGUCUGAACAAUCGAAAUCUCCAAGCCAGCACCAGCUUUCAGGGUUCACAGGUCACUGUUGUAACAGAAUCACCAAAACCGACACCCCGAGCAGCAGACGACCACCUGCCGCCGAUAAAAACCCACCUGGCGCUAUCCAUCUCCAACUUGUUGGUGUACACCUCCUACAACGGCAUCCAGAACAUCCAGAGCAGCAUCAACGACAAGGACGACCUCGGCAUCUUCACGCUGGCUACAGUGUACACCACGGUGUUUCUCUUGGCUCCAUUCGCUACAAUCGUCAUCAGAAAAUUUGGAUGCAAGAACCUUCUUCUACUUAGCUGGGCCAGUAUGGGCCUGUUCGCGGGCGCCAACUUCUACCCAAGAUUCUCCACACUCAUUCCUGCCAGCUUCCUGAUAGGCGCAUGUGGUACCUGCAUCGGUGUCAUCAACAACAUCUACCUAGCAGCAGCCAGCGACCGCUACAUCAAAAACAAGAAACUCGGAUCUGAAAAACGGCACCAAAUUCUCAGCAUCUUCUUUGGGGCGUUUUUCACCUUCUUCGAGGCUUCUCAAAUCUCGGGAAAUCUCACGUCAUCGCUUGUGUUGUUUACUAACUCCCCUGGUUCUGCGGAUAACGCAACUUUCGACCACACCACGCCCUGCGGCGCUGAUAUGUGUUACCUCAACUCUACUGCAUCUUCCCAUAUCAAGCGCCCAAGUCAGGACACGCUGUAUAUGUUGUUUGGAAUCUUCUUGGGUUGUGUGGCGCUGGGGUUCCUGGUCUCGCUGUUCCUGCUGCCACGUCUUAGACUUCCAGAGCCCGCGGUGCCGAGGUCGGUCUGUCAGGAGAUGAUGAGCUGCUUUAAGGUUUUAGUCAGCCUCGAGUUCGCCUUGUUGUUGCCGGCUGUUAUGGGACAGGCCAUGAUGGUGAUGGUUAUAUUUACAGGAUACACCAGCGUGUUCAUCACGUGCAGCCUGGGAGUAGAGUGGGUAGGAUUUGUCAUGAUGGCCUACGGAACAUCCACCGCUAUAUUCGCCACACUAGCCAACUACUUGGCUCGCUACUUGGGCAGGAUUUUUCUAUUUUUAACUUUCAUUCUCCUGGACACCGGACUUCUCUUUACAAUGCUGUUCUGGAACCCAGGCCACGAUGGAUCAAAACUCAUUCUGUUUUCUAUAGCUGGAGCGGCUGGUAUUUCAGAAGGCAUCUCACAAGCUCAGUUCAGCUCAAUCAUCUCUAUCGUGUUCCAGAAAGAUCUCCCCCCAGCUCUAGUGACCUACAACAUGACCAAAUGUAUCGCCUUCUCUGCCUCUCUGGCUAUCUCGACAUUCGCUUGUUUUUAUUACCGGUUGUACAUAGCUAUAGCGCUGUAUAUAGUGGGGCUGUUUGGUUAUAUUGGCCUGGAGAUAUUGGUCAACAAGAGGGGAACUAAGAGAAACAAAGCGGACCAAAAGCCUUUACUCCGGGAUGUAAGAUCAUAA